CUACAGGAAGACAAGGUGAGGAAAUACUUCCGCGUGUAUUUGACGGUUUCUGUGCCUGAGCUUUCUUUUCAUUUGAGAGUUUAAAGCAUGUCAUCUUGAAGGAAAAAAAGCCAUAAAAGGGGAAAGGGACUUUUGUUUACUUUACGGAUCAGGUUGACAAAGAACAUGAUGACAGAGAUGAUGGAUCCACCACCAGAUGUCAUGGGCAUAUCAGAGGAGAACAUGGAAGUGAACAGCAACUGUAACCAGAACACCAAUGAUGACGCCACUUCCUGUCCAGCUGAAGCCACCACGAAGGAAGUGAACAGCAACUGUAACCAGAACACCAAUGAUGACACCACUUCCUGUCCAGCUGAAGCCGCCACGAAGGAAGUGAACAGCAACUGUAACCACAACACUAGCAAUGACAUCACUUCCUGUCCAGCUGAAGCCACAGCAAAGGAAGUCACAAUGGAAACUGAGAAGAGUUGUGCAACACCACAAAAGAGCAAGACAGUGGUUGUCCACGGCAACAACAAAAACAUGGCCGGUGAGAAGCUGCAGAUGGUCCGCAGGUGGAGUCUCAACACUUACAAGCGCACCAGGCAGGCUCUGUCAGAGAAACUGGGCCGGGGAUCUCACACAGUAGACCUGGACUUGAAGCCCCGCAUGGAGCUGCUUAAAGAUGACCGCCAGCGCUAUGAUCACGUCACCAAGUUGGCGCAGACACUGGCCAAUCAGCUGGCUCAGCUGAUCGCCACCCAGAAGACCUUGGGGGACGCCUUUGCGGAAAUGAGUCUCAAAACACCCUCGCUAUAUGUGGAGUUUGGCAUCAACGCAGAGGCUCAAAAGUUCCUGUCCAAGGACGGUGAGAGUGUAGUGGCGGCCUUCAACUCCUUCACAUCUGACAUGAACACACUGGUCAACAAGACCAUUGAGGACACCAUGAUCAACGUCAAGCAGUAUGAGGCCGUCAGGAUUCAGUACGACGCAUACCGCGUGGACCUGGAGGAGCUCAACCUGGGUCGACGUGACGCCACUACCCUUCCCAAACUUGAGCAGGCUCAGAAAGACUUCCAGAGCCAGAGGGGACGCUACGAGCACAUCAGGGACGAUCUGGGCGUCAAGCUUAAGCUGCUGGAGGAAAACAAGGUCAAAGUGUUGCACAACAACCUGUGGCUGCUCCACAGCGCCGUGGCCGCUCAUGCUUCAUCAUGUGACAAAUUCCUGCAGCAAAACAUCCAGCAGGCCGGCGAACACCUCAACAACCCCAGCGUGAGCGCCCUCUCCUGGCUGGAGGACUGCUGACACGCUGUUUGGGAUGGUGAGUCCACUGAGUUACUGAGGUGGCACGGAAUGUUUAUUCAUAGCAGAUUUGAAAUCCUACCAAAGUGAAUCAGACAAAAGGAAGCUGUAAAAAUCACACCACCAGAGGGAAGUGUAGCACUGUAAAUGCUCCAAUUAUGGCCGGGUUGUUUAUUAACCCAAAACGCAAAGACGAUGGAAGCUGAAAGACAACUCAUUAUGUAUAAGAAGUUGAUAUUUCAAACUUUAAUUGUAAUUUGUGCAUGAGUACAUGAGAAUAGGGGAAAAAUGAACCAUUGUUGUAAUUGCAGUAAGGAGUAAAUUGCUCAACUAGCUUUAAUAGCGCUGACGAGUCCAUUGUUAACAGUACCACAAAUUUUAAAGCACAUAUGUAGUGGUAGUAGUAAACAAAGCUUAAGUAUGCUGACCACUCAUAAUACUUCAAAUUAAGCUACUUCCAUCUUGUGGAGUUAAUACGAAAACUACAUCGGGAGGUUGCCUGUAGCCACAGUUCUUAAUGCUAAGGUAUUUUUUUUUUACCUAAUUAGAGACUACAGCGGUUAUCAGCUUUUGUAGACCAUGCACCCAAUGACAAUUGGAAUGAUGGCGGUUAAUUGAAUACAUGCUUUAAUUGGAGCAUUGACAGUGUUAUUGAUAUUAAUAAUAUUCAAGCAAAAAUGUGUUUGUCCGGAUUUAAAUAAGCUUUACUUGUGCAUCCCCUCACUCCUUUGAGCCUCGCGGGAGUCUCCAAUUGUUUAUUGGUGAGAGGCACUAAGCCAUAUUUGUGUGCAAUAAUGUUCCAAAAAAGACCUUUUAAUGCAACAUGUUUAAGGAACAUUCCAACUUUUAAAUUAUGACCAAAACAAUUCAUUGAUUCAAUUUUUUUUUUUUAAUGCAUGGACAAAUUGCUCUACUUCCUUUUGUUGUUUUUAUUGUCCUUUCCUUUUUUACACUGCAGCUAUAUGUUUUUAAUGCAAUUUUUGACUUUUUAAGGAUUUUUUAUAUACAUAAACACCGAAAAUGUGUGUGUGUAUAUACUGUAGAUACACACAUUGUGUCCCCCCCGCAUAAGGUGACGACAAUUAGAGACUGAAUGUCAAUUAUUGUCAAACAUUUCAGAGGUUUAGUCACAUAACCCUUUAUCUUGUGAACAAUUUGAAUUUGUCUUUAUGGGAAUUUUGAAGUGGGUUUUGUUUUUGUUUGUUUGUAUCCUUUAAAAAAAAUUAAAGUAUGACUGACUAUACAUAUUAAUAUUAUUCGCGUGUUCUUUUGCUACUAUUUAGAAGUAAUUAGAGAUGACCACAAAAUUACUGCCUAUUUGGUGCUUGUGUCUUGGCUUGUGGGGCUUUCAAAUUAAAGUGAUUACUUGCCAGGCAACACAACACACACACACACACACCUAACUUGGUUUCUUGUUUGUGCCUGUCCUAGUGGCAUACGUAUCAAUGCUUUUCAAUGGCAAACAAACAUAUUUUGCUUUUCUUUCCCGACGUCCUCACGUGUAUUAGUUUUU